AUGGAGGUCUCGAUGGACACAAGUCCAGCCGCCGCGCUCUCUCCCCUCCCCCAAUCACAAUCACAAUCGCAGCAACCAUCAUCAACGGCGACAUCUACAGCAUCCUAUUCUGCAUCUCCGACGACCUCCAGGAAACGUUCCGUCCAAGAAAUCGACGCACACGCCACUGUUGACCCCUCCGACAAAACAAAAUCCCCAACAUAUACCGACAAAGAAAACCAGGAGAAUGCCGAUCCCUCGUUACAAAGUUCUACACGUGUGUCCCCUGUCUUGGAGAUGAGCCACGUAUUGAUUGUAGGUGGGGGCGCGAAGCCCAAUGAUGAGGUCCCGGUACGGAAUACGAAGGAGGCUACGCUGGGGAAAUCGGUUCCUAGUCCCGGAUCAACCCAUUUGUCUACGGAUGCGGGCGCGGAUACCCCUGCCGCUAAGAAGAGGAAGCUCUCUCCUGCGAGUAAGGAGGCUAAACAACAGGAGAAAGAAGCCAAGCAGCUGGAAAAGGAGACCAAGGAACGUCAACGAUUAGAAGAAAAGGCAAAAAAGAAGAGGAGAAGAGAAAAAAAGAAGAAAGAAGCAGCCAAAGAGGAGGAGAAGCGGAAAAAGGAGGAAGAGAAAUUGAAGAAGGAGAGAGCUCAACCCAAGCUGAAUGCCUUCUUCGCGAAACCAAAGCCUCCUGUGCAGCCCUCAAGCUCAGCGAUUAGUGCGUCGCCCAAGAAGUCGUCUGGGGGUGAUGACACAAAUGAACCCUCUCACGAAGCUGGCACUGUGUCAGAUUAUCAACGAGCAUUUCCUGAAUUCUUCUUACAGUCUCACACGAAAGUCGCCCCACCGCAUGUGUUUCAACGUGAUCCAGAGGCCCUUCGACUAAUGAGAGAGAAGCUUGAUGCGUCCAUGAAGUCGUCUAAUAACUCAGAAGAAGCUCUUAUUCAAAGCCUGGACGAUCAAGCAGGGACGUCGGAGGCUGUACAGCGACAACGGGGUCUUCUAAAGGAGGUCCGAAUGAAAUCUCUGAGGUUUGGUGAAGAUGUCCGACCCCCCUAUCAAGGAACAUACUCUAAGCCCCUGUCCGAAUCGUCGGCCUACAAGAUGAUGCGGAACCCCUUCUACCGCGGCUUACCUGAGACGAAUUACGACUAUGACUCCGAGGCUGAAUGGGAGGAGCCGGAAGAAGGCGAGGAACUCGACUCGGAGGAGGAGGAAGAAAUGAGCGAAGACGGCGAGGACGACAUGGAUGGCUUCUUGGACGAUGAGGAAGACCAAGUGGUUGAUGGGAAGAGACGUCUUAUCGUUGGCGAUCUAGAGCCCGUCUGCACCGGCAUUCAAUGGCACGAUCAGGGUGUGAAACCGGAGUUGAAAGCAUACAGGGUCGAGACCAUAUCAGAUGCAGUGUCGUUACCUAUUGACCCAUUCUCAACGGUGUACUGGCAAAAACCCAAGGCAUCGGAGCCAGCUCAGACCAGUGGACGCAGCGCACUGCCACUGUUGGGGUCCGGGAAAUCCAAGCGACCCUUCCCAUCGGAAUUGCUGGCGGAGUUCAAGCAAGUUGUGGACGGAAGCGAUCUGUCGAAGUUAGGGUUGAUCGAAAUUCUGAAGAAAAGGUUUCCGAAGGUUUCUAAAGAUGCCUUGAAAGACACGUUGAACAGCGUGGCUACUCGGGUUGGACAGAAAGAGGCUGAGAAGAAAUGGGUUUGCAAAUAGUGAUGGUAUUGGAGGAGACAUGACAGCAAGCGUUCGAUGUUCCGAAGAAAGACAACGCAUGCCACGGAUGGCUGGAGUUCUGGCGUCAGGUUCACCUUG